GACUCAAAGCUUCACAUUGAGCUCGCUGUUGCUGCUGCUGACUUUCCUCAGGCCACGCAAGGCGAAGAGAAAUACAACAGAUGAGCGUGGGAGUUUGCGCCUUCUCCUUCGUUUCUCUAAAAUAGAUUUUUGCAGUGCGAGUUCUUGUUUUGUUUGUUUGUUUGCUUGUUUGUUUCUUCUGCCUCGAUUAUUUCACACACCCACACCUACAUAAUAACGUUUUUUUUUUUGUUUUCCUAGAGUAUUUUCUUCUUCUCUUUUUCUUUUGACGCAUUUUAUAAGGAGGUGGUGGUGGCAGGGGUCCCGUUAACUACACAAAUUACGCAUCCCGUCACAUUCAAAUGGACAUCACUCCGUCCAGCUCCCGCGCCCUGCGGAAGCGACUGUGGGGUCUGUUUAUUUCGUACUCCACCGUGGAAGCGGACGCCAACGGUGCUGAGGGGCGUGCGCCUGCGCCGACGUUAACGAAAGGCGGUUUUCUCACCUGCAUCGACGCCCUCGCCCGACGCAGCACCUUUCGCGGUUUCUUUAUCGGCAACGAGGGCGACGGCGCCAUUCGAGAGGCGGCCGCAGAGCUGCAGACGCCCACCACGCAAGAAAGUUUGUGGGAGGCAGCUCUCGCGUACGAAGGCGGACGUGCUGUGCGCCACCCAUCUGCGGAUCCCGCUGCCGCCGAUGAACUUGCGAGCAACGACCACUUUGCGGAAAACGACUUCUUCGGUGAGACGUGCUACCGCGGCGGUGGGAGUCCCAGCGGGCGAGUGUUUCACCGCGCACCGGGAUGCCCCAAAACCUUCGCCGAUCGCUUUGCGGAAGGCACAGAAAACGUCUCAUGGAGUGCCUUCGAGGCCGUGGUGGUGCUGCACCUCGUCGAUCGGCAUCACUUCGUGCACUCGUUUCUGGCGAGUGAAAUUGCUGCUCUGCGCUCCCUGGCCGUUGGUGGCGCCGAAGUGGAAGAAGAGGAAAGCGCAGCGCAGUCGGUGCCGUUGUCAAGCACGCCAAAUGGCUCUCCGCCGCGCCAGCUUUCCCUGCUCUCCGCCGCUGUGACACCACUACACAACGACGUCUUCGACACCACCGCUGCGAUAUCGGGGUGUUCCACGAAAGAAGAGAAGUGUCUCGACUUGAGCCGUGUUGUCGGGAGGAGACGCCAGCCGCUGCUUCGCGUUUUGUCCACGCAGCUUCAGGUGCCGCCACCUCAUACAGGCACGCCUAAGCGCCCGCCGCAAGUUCAACGCAGCCAAAGCGAUCCAUUUCCUGAUACUUGCAAACCGAGCGUAGACGACUUCAACAAACCGGCGCCACCCCCGCAGCGCAAGCACACGCAACGCGAAGCAGCUGGUCUGUCCAUCCAGCACCACGGCAACCUCCCUCCCGCGCACCACGAAACAGCCACGGCCACGUUUGUUUCCUCGUCUUCGCCGUUCCAACGAGCUGUGCUCUUCUUCCCGCGAAACGGAAGCAGUGGAGUCCGCAGCGCCGCGACGCGCCUACGCAUUCCCCUUACGCCCCCCUCCGUGUCCGUGUCUGUCUCUGUCUCGUCGUCUUCCUCGUGUGCGUCGGACACGCUCGUGGCAGCCACCGCGUCAACGGCCGCCUCUCUCCAUGGGCUCCGUCUUGCACUUCGUACGUCAUCUGCCUCCCCGUCUCCGCGACGCCCGGCAAUCUCGAAAAGCACCGCAGAAGCAAAAAAGGAAGCACCAGGGAUAGCGGCUGCAGAGCCGACUGAGGUAGAAGCCGCUCCUCUUCGUCUUGGUGAUGACCGUGGCGGUGGCGGUCCGCGACUGCGACUGUGUUCGCCUUUUGAACUCAACGUGGCGCAGGCGCAGCUGUCGACGAAGGCCAAAAGCCCUCAUCCGCGCAAGCUGGGCGAAGGCCAUCCUGUCGUCACACCGGUCCCUGAACCAACGACGCGAAGCACAAACUCAAAGACCGACAACGGGGCUGCGUCAACGGCAGCGGCCGAGGUGCAGCGGCCGAAGCUGGCGUGUGCCGGCGGAACCGCACGCGGACAGCGACGCGUGUACACGACUCGGCGACCACGCACGGGGGUAAACAGUGCGGCUGUUGCAGCGCAGAGCACCAGUGCUGCUGCAGUGGCCGUACCGACCGGUUUGCAGAUACCUCUCUGUGUUGCUUCGCCACCUGCACUCGUAGAAACAUGGCCAGGCUGCCACAACGAGCCGUCCAUGGAACUGGAGCCGCCACCGACAACGCGAAACGGAGAAGCACCGUCCUCGCGGCGCAUCGCGUCGCCGUCGCCGUCUAUUCCGUUCGACGCCGAAGACGUCGAGCAACAGCACGGAAGGUGCAGUUGGGGUAGAAGCGGCACCGUCGAGCACGCCGUGGAGGUCCGCCGCACGACGGCUCUACCAGUGCAGAUCGUUGAAGGCGGGAUGACGGAAGCGGAAGGCAGUGGCGGUGGUCACGCGCACUCGUGGCGGCGAGACGAGAUACAGUAUGCAUCUCCAGAAAAGCCAGUCUCAUCACCUCCAGCUGCAGAGCAGGAGACGGUGCAGGUCGUACCUUCCUCGUCAUCUUUGGGACGCCUUCGGACUGAGGAAGGGGAGAAUCUCGCUUCCACACAAGAGCAGCAGCAGCAGCAACUCAUGUCCCAGUUGUCCCCCUUCUCUACCACACGCGAGCCGUUUGCGCGCGCCUCUCACAUGACGCUGUCCCGGUACACCAAUACCGCGUUGGAAAACGCAUCUCGGCCUUCUCCCGCAGCGGCUGCCAUGCUGGGUGAGACAGGAAGCAGAAGAGGAAGCGACGGACGACCACUUGCGUUGCGACAGGCGACUGCUCCGUCCCCUACGCCGACCCCGCGAGAUGAGCGAAGCGACAACACGGCGAGGUCGCCUGCUGCCUCCUCCUCUAGCAGCUCUGACGCAAGGGCACAGAGUUCAGAGUUGGCCCUUCCCCCUCCGACUCUUUUGUCACCGCAGCCAGCGCCGCUGCAAGCGUACCACAAACCUCAGCGAAGCACCUCCGCAGCAGUCGCGGCAUCACCGCCAUCACAGCAGCAGCAGCAGCCACAGCUCACCCGCGCGUCUUCCCCUCCGCAGCGCAUUGGCGUGCCGCGCAUCCUUUCCCCCAAUUUCACCUCUCCGCUGAUGAGCGCGCGAGCGACGCUCGGGUCCGUCUCACCGCGGCAGCACAACGUCAAUCCCUCCCUCGUGUCUCGGCAGCCACACUCAUCAUUGAAGAAGAAGCGCGAGGGGAAACCUUUCACCUGCACCGUUGUGUACGCCGGCGAUCCCCACGCAAACGGAGAAGCGGCGGGUGAGGAGAGCUGUUGCCGCACCCCACCUCGCCACGUGUCACCAGAGACGCCUGAGACGCUCCGUCAGACCCCCACGAGUCGUCUCUCACCGGUCGUGCGGCUGCGUGAGCUGCAGAAUUCCCCGCUGACAACGCCGCGGCGACCUCCGCAGUCGCAGCAGGGGCAGACGCAAAACGAUGUCACGACACCACCACCGCGGCUGUCUCACCGUGCGCGGGUGCGCUCGAGCAGCCGCGGGGGCCGUGCGGCAAAUCCGACACCGCCGCGUGUCCCGCAGACGCGCAUGCAGAUGUCGCCUUCGGGAGACUUGCAAGUUACGCCCCGCCGCUGUGCUCCGUCCGCCUCUCUUCCCGCAUGA